AUGUCCGUGGGCCUCUACUCCCUGCUAGACGAGACAAAUGUCAGCAGCAACUGCGGCUCCAGGGGAUUUGGUCGGGUGCGGCGCCUACCGGCGAUUCAGGUGGACUCGUGGGAGUUCCGCAAGCACGCGCAGGAGGGGUCUGUCAUGCCCAACGCCCUCGUCGCCUGCGACGUGGACGGGGACGGGGUGGCGGAGAUCAUUUUUGGCACCACCGGGGGGCAGCUCAUCGUGGUGAAGCCGGACCACCGCGUGCCGAUCUACUCCCGCACACUUGCCGCAACCAUCUGCAUCGUGCUGUACAGCGCGGCCCAUCGCCGACUGGUGGUGCUGACGCUGGAGGGGCAGUGCGAGGUCACCGAGGGGUUCCUUGUGGGCGGCGGCAGGCCUGCGCCGGCGGCCUUCUGCGCCCCUGGCCACACCAAGCGGCAGCAGGAUGCGGCUCCCACGCCCCGCGCGGGGAGCAACAGCCGCCUGGGCAACUGCGCGAGCAGCCAAAACGAGGGAAUCAUGUCCAGUAAUCCCUCGUUCACGUCUUCACAUGUUUUCUGUGUGGCACCAAACUGCAUUUGCGGCGAUAUCACGGCCGAAGAGGGCGCGACGACGGUGUUUCUCGGCUCCCAGAAUUGCAUAUAUGUCUACUCCCUCGCACCGGGGGGCGACUGCCUCGGAUCACUCUUUCUGCAGGCACCUGUUACCUCCAUGCGGUGCUUCACCGUGCCAUUUGCCACCGAAGGCAAUUUGCGCGUUCUCAGCACCCCACCAGCAUCCUCAAAAAAUGCAGCAGCGGAAACGCAGGUAUUUUCUGACGAUUCGGCUCCUGUCGGUGGUGGAAUGUGUGGCGCUUCCUCCCAGCAGACGCAGGCGGGGGCCACAUUGCUGUUGUUCACUUGUCAGGAACAGCUUGUUCUCCUCAACGCCUCCACUAGCAACGUGAGGCAGUGGGGCGUCUCGGGCCACUCGCGGUGUGUUGCGAUGCAGGAGAAGACCGUCAGAGAUUCCCCAGGAAAGACCGUCGUCGAUGGCGCCUGCACGGCCUCGCACUCCCCCGCUCAUAGAACGGUGUCGCUAUUUCCGGAUGACGCGGCUAACGCGCGAACGACGCUCCUGCAACCCCUUUGGCAGUGCUCGAUGAGAUGCAUUUCAGAGCUGCAACAACGGCAGCCGUGUCCACGGACGGUGUCGGAGGAGGAGUGCCACGCGCAGGGCGGGGGGCGUAGCUCGUCGCCAGGGCGAGGCGCGGUCUCGUUGCCGGAGAUUGCCGCUACGGCGGCACGAGAGGAAGCGGGGUCGUCGCCGAGAAAGCAGCGUGUGUUGCGUGGGCGCAGCACCCCCGCCGUUGCCGCUGCUGCGUCGCAGUUGAGAGAAGAUAGUGAGACCGUGUGGGAUGGCUUGGAACAUGAUCUGCAGCUUUCCUUUGCGGUGGAUGUGGCGGUGGGGAGAAGCAAGCUGCAGUUCGCCAUUGCCAGUGAGGAUGGGCGUUGGUUCAUCCUUGAAAUGUCCCCCGCGGACGACGACACUCCGACGCAGGCGGUGCAGACGGUGUCAAGUGCAACCCCCACGGAAGCCGUCACUCAUGCUGCCUCCAGAAAAUGGGCGGCCGCCUCGAUCCUGUGCAUAGCGUCAGGUAAUCUAAGUCCACAGUGGUUUCUGCAGUGUGUUCGUCACUUCUGCGUUGGAAACGACGAGUUCCGCGCCGUGCUUCUCUCCACGGACGGCACCUGCUACUUGGUGGACGGCAACAGCAAGACCUGCAUUGAGUCGUACCUGAAGGCGGAUGCCUCAUCCUGUACAAUCUUGCAGGAUGGAGUCAUGGGGAGGCCCAUGCACCCAUGCUGCGCAGCUCCCGGCCGUGCGGCAACAACGACGCCUACUACCGCCAUCUCUUCUGCUUCCUUGCAGCCGCGAAGCAGGUUUGUGUGCUGCUGCGGCUGCAACUGUGGUACCGUAGAAACACGCAACGGCCGCAGGAUCUUCCUCGUGUGUGUGACCGUGGACGAGAUUGUGAUUUCCUCGGUGGGCGGGGAUGCGUUCCUUUCAGCGCGGCAGUGCCCGAGGCAGGAAACAGGCACGGGAGAGCGACCACUCGCGUCGUCGGGGCCUCUGGCCGUCGCCCACGCCGCAAACGUGGCUGCAGCUGGUGCUGGUGGUGGUGGUGGGAAGACGCAUGGGUGGGGCGAGGUUUGCAGCGGGUGCGGCAUCCCCACGGCAGGCGGUGGGCAUGUCGGCGAUGAGGUGGACAACGUGGAUAAGGAAGAGGAGGAAUUGAUGUUAGAAUUGGGCACCGCCUUGCUGGAAGCGGAGUGCUGCGCAGACCCGGUGUCGCUCUUCUCUCCAGAGGAGCGACGAUUUGCCGCGCGUAAGCUGUGCGCCGCUGGCUACACCCCGCAGGAGUGGGAGCUGUUGCUGCAGCUGGACGCGGAGUUGUCGGAAUGA